CGGUGCGUUCCAGCCUGGGUUGCAAUUUCUCUUUGCCAUUGCCCAAAUUUCUUCUUUUUUGCCGGAAUCCCCCGCAAAUUCAUGAACUGGUUUUCACUUUGUUUUAUAUUUAACAGAAUUGGUUCAGCACUGUGUAUGAACGGUUUAAUUUCAGCUUGGCAAAAAGCAAUUUUAUUUUUUAUUAUCUUCUCGCAGUUCCUUGCAUUCAUUUCAUUGUGCACUGGCAUCUGCAUAACGUGCUUUCGGCCCGCAACAUUCGUUUUUGCUAUUUCGCUUUUUCUUGCGCUACUAUGUUCACUUAUAGCUGACGGCGUAUUUUUUCUGGCAGCUAAUCGAGUAGACAAUCGGUUUGUCCAAGGGAUGGUUGGAACCUACGAGCAGCGAAUCGGCUAUGCUUUUUAUGUGCAUCUAUUGGGGACAUUGUGUUGGCUACUUGCGUUUCUUUUUGCGUUGUUAACUACGUACAAAUUCUUCACAAAACGGUAUUCUGAGGGUGUUCACUGUCCACAAGCAAUUCAAAAAUUUCAAAUUCAGCUUCCCAGGCGCAUAGAAUACCCACGUACGGGCCUGUGA